UUUUGUAAUUUAAACAAUUUUUGGUAAAUCAUUUUUUUCUUUUAUUAGGUUUUAAUUAUCCACACGAUAUGCCAGUUAACAUCGUCCUGAGAAUUGUUGGAUGGAUUUGGCUCAUGGAUCAUGUCAAUUUUGUAUCGUCCACGGGACAGAUCGUUAACAUCGUGGGCACGAGAAAGGCCCAAUAUAAAGAAUUCCCUUACAGCGUCGUUUUUAUUUCGCGUAGCUCAAACAAACCGGUAUCAAUGGGCUCGGUAAUAACAGGAGACAAAAUACUUUCCGCAGCGCACUCUUUUUAUCAGCUCAAAGACGGAGCGCAGGUUCAAAUCGCAGCAAAUCGUCUGUAUGCCGUCGGCGGUAGCAGGUUCACGACGGCGAACGAAAUCGGGUAUGAAAAGAGAUCGUUAAAUUCCAUAAAGUCGCACCCGGAUAUCAAAUGGCUCGAGCACACAGUACUGAACGAUAUCGCGGUCGUUUACCUGUUUGAACCCUUCAAAAUCAACGACUAUGUCAAACCGCUUUCAGUUUUUAGCACAUCGACGGAUGUGUUUAAAAAGAAAUGGUACUCCCUGGGCGAGUCGAAAAUCGAAUGUGACGGUUUACGCUUCGGUGUGGUUUCAUCGACCAGUAAUAUAUCAUUCGUUAACAACAACGCUUUCUUGAAAGCGACACGUGUGCGUUUCCUCCCGCAAGAAGACUGCCAAAAACUGUACCCGGAAAUAGGCGAAGAAUUCAGGAAAGGGUACAUAUACUGCGUUACUUCUAAGUAUUCUAACGAAAGCAUGUGCGUCGGAGACCCUGGCAGCUCUCUUCAGUGCGAAGGCAACGUUUACGCAAUUUUCAUAAAAUCCAAAGGUUGCGGUGAACAUACUCAACCAGCACUUUACUUGUCAUUAGAGAAUUAUAUUAUAAUGUUUGGACUCUCAGGGCAAAAUAACAUUUUAAACUCGUUCAUAAUUACCUUCUUGAGUCUUCUUGUAUCAAUGUGUUUCUAAUAAAAUUUAAUGUUUAAAAUAACCUCUUAACGAUUUAAAAUAGGCCAGAUGAUAACUUUUUUAAG